AUGACAAAAUGUCUCAUUUUCCAUGUGCAGGUGUUCUAUGGCAACCAAAACACUUGUCUUAAGAUCAACCCAAGGCAAAUACAGAAGAUCGUCAACAGAGCCGCGGACCUUCAAGAGAAAGGACCAGAGUUCCUUGACCUGCUUUCCAUGAUCGUCAAGGUGGCCGGCACGGACUUGACCCUGAAACGGAACCAGGCCUACGUGAUGAAGUACAUCAUGCAGAACUAUAAGAAAGUCGCCUUUGUCCUUGACCUACCCAGGGAGGAAAGGUGGGUCAUGGCAUUUGAAGGCAUUCACACAGUAGCUUUGGAGAUAUGAAAUAAGUUUAAUUAAAUAUAGGAAUCAAUCAUGGACUAGAAAUUUAGGCUAAACUAUACUCUCUGGUUUUUGACGGGGUAUAUAUCAUGGACUGGUUAAUUACGCUAAACUAUACUCUCUGGUAUUUGACUGGGUUUAAAAUAUUACUUUCAUGUUACAGAUAGAACAUUCUAACUGCGCAAGACCUUGUUUCUUUUAAGAAAUAUCAUCGCCGUUAAUGAAGGAGCAUUGCAAGUGCUAUAUAGGAAGCUGAUAUAUUGUUACAUUAGCUUAUAGUAAUCGCUACCCGAGGCUGUGCUAUCAUGUAAAAAUAAUAUUUGUAUCUUUUCAGAGAAGCCAUCCUGACCCAGCCAGAUAAGAUGUCGCGUCUCCGUUACUACAUUUGUUUACUUGACCUUUUGGCAGCAUGUGCAGAGGUAUGUAGCAUUUUAUACAGAAGUAUGUAGUGUUUAUUACAGAGGUAUGUAGCAUUCUAUUUAUAGGUGUGUGUUCUCGCCAAAGGUAUGUAGCUUUUUUAUUUAGAGUUAUGUAGCGGUUAUCCAGAUGUUUCCUGUAAAUUGGUGCAGUGCACGUCCUCUUGAAAGUUUUAUGCUGCCAAUGAAUUUAUAAACCAGCCAAAUAAAUUUUUAAACUGUUUUACAUGAAAGUGUGUGUGUGUGGGGGGGAUAAUUCAAAUCUCAAAACAGAUCGUUGACUUCAGUAGAACAUUUCUUAGAAUUCGUGGUUAGCUGUGAUCUGUACUGUAACUUGCACCCCAGCCAGAAAACAAAUCAAUAAGUUUACAACAGGUAAGUUGAAAAAACAAAGAUGAGCUGUUUAACGCAGAAAAGGAAAGCGUUGCAUUGCAUUGUGUAACUUGUAUUGGAUGAUGUUACUUGUAGGUAUUACUUAUAUUAUUUAUUCACAUUCACAGACGUUCAUGAUUAUCUAACAAAGCACGAGGGCCAGAACUCCAAGAUUUAUUAUUAGCAUCACAACAUUCAUUAACUGAAUAAUGUACACCACUUGAAAUAAUACCUCUGUAAACUAGAGCAAACAUAAUUGUCAUAACUUCUUCCACUUCACAUUUGUUGAAUCAACAUUAAGAUGCUGUUUAAUACAAAAGUAAUCAGAGCAAGUGCUGAUCAAGAAAUAUUCAACGGUCACUCUUCCGGCCGCUUUCUUGCAUAUCCCAUAACUCUCAUCUUCACUUCUUGUUCCUUCUACUUAACCAAAAAAUACAUUCUUCCGAAACGACAUUAAUAUCUAAAUAUUUGAUCUGUGAUACAUUGGAUAAGAAAUCAUUAAAUAAAAGAUAAUUGUGUAAGGGUGGCUGUGUGUGUGUGCGUGACCAUGUGGGUGUGUGGGAAGGUAGGGCAUACACACAUUUAGAGCUUUUGUUGACAGUGAAUUUUGCAGGAGAACAGGCUUAAAGAAACUGAUUCAGUACAAAUCCUAGGUUUAGCCCAAAACACCCCCAAACGAGUAUCUAACAGCUACAUACAGAGGGAUAGAUUUUACUUGACACAGACGGCAUGUUAGUGGUGAACACCUUUGGUGAUUGAUUCUCUAGACAUGCCCACUGAGUAUGCGUGCUUUCCAGGGUGAGAACCUCUUCAUCGAGUCCCUGUGCCAGACGAUCCUCCCCAUGGAAGACCUGCUGGCCAUCCUCAACAACCCGGCCAUAGACAACGUCCUGAAGAAGCCGUUCCUCAGGUGCCUCCACCACGUGUACAUGAAGAGCACGGGGAAUGUCGUGGACAUGCAGACCAGCGAGAUACCCCAUGACACGUGA